UCCUCUGUGACGUGUGUGUACACCGUGUACUGUUAAACAGUAGGAUAAGCAUUAGUACAAGCAAAGAAAUAACAGCAUUGCACUGAUUUAGUGUACAAGUUCCUCAGGUAGUGCUUACAGACAGCAGUUUGUAAGACAGGCAGCAAGUUCUGAACUGCAAAACAACAUGGAAGACUUUGCAAACUACGGAUGUGGGUAACAUGGUGUAUAUGACAAAAACAAAGUAUCUGAUAUCAGUGGCAAGGGACAUUAAAUCAUAGGAAAAAAGUGUAGAAGUGGGGAAACUGACCUUGGGUGAUUAAACCUGGGGGUAUAAUGUAUGAUGUAGAGGCUAACAGCUUUUUUAUUUUUGGAAAUUGGCUGAUGCACAUGUCUUCUGUGAUUGACAUCUGGAAUUCCUUGUGGCCCUGGCUUUCUCUGUGAGUUUCCUCCUGACCCAACUGCUCAGUUUGGAUAAUGUAUUCAUAGUAGAAGGAGACAGGACGCUUGUAAACGCUUUGCUGUUAGACGCGCACACAAAAGGCGCACCCGCAAAUUCCAGCACUUCGGUUAUCCUUGACACAGACCACCACACAUGGCCACCCUAAGCAUGAAGCCAGGUCUCCGCUGUGGCGUCUCGGACUGGGAGAACAGCAACAAACAGAUCUCACACACUGCUGAGCACAUGAGACACACAUCUCAUGAGAUACGACAGGAGGGGAGAGCUCUGCGGGAUGAAACGACCAAUAAGACGAUCUGGGAUGAGUAUGAUAACAGCUGUCGGCUGAGUGACAGGAUUUCUGACGUCGUGCGCUGGAAGAAGAUCCUGGAGGACUAUGCGCAGAAAGUGGACGUGGAAAUGGAUGCUCUCACUCUAGCAAAGGAAGAACUCGAGCGUGCUCUUGUAGCGACGGCGCUGCCACUAGAGGUCACUGCUGAGUGCUUGACUUUGAGGGACGGUCGGCGGGGAAACGAACUGGUGAUCGACUCGGUGGAGGCCGAGCUGAAGAAGGAGGUGGAGGUGAUUGACGGGGCGCAGCGUGUCCUGCAGCAGGGAAUUGGGCAGGCCUUCGAACAGCUGUGUUUGCUACAGGAAGCCCGUCACCAACUGACCCACGACCUUCAGCACAAGAUGGAAGCGUUGGAUGUAGACAUGUCCUGCCUGUCGCUCAAUGUAGCCUCACCCGAGAUCUCACUGAAACACGAUCCCACUAGAGUUCCAACUGGUUCCACAACUCCCCAGCAGUGGGAGCAGUUCAGCCACUACAAUAUAUCUCGAGCCAAAGCGGAGAUGCAGAAUUCUCUGCAGCUGAGAGAGAAUAUCAGCCUCGGUAAAGCUCAGGUGCAAAAUGAAUUGGAUGCUCAACGCAUAGCUACAGAGUUUGCAUUACGUAAGCGCACUCAUCAUGUGGAACAGGCUCACCAGGAACUCCUGUGGCAGCUAAAAACUACACAGGAUGAGAUUAGUGAGCUGGAGGAAGAUGUCCAUGGACUGGAGAAGGACUUGCAAGCUAAAAUGGCUCCUUUGAAGCUGGUGCACACGCGCUUGGAGAACAGAACCAAAAGGCCAGGCAUGGAUCUGUGCAGAGACCAUGUACAGUAUGGGCUGGUCGAGGAGGUCAAACAGCUGGAUUCGACCAUUUUGGCUCUGAAACAGAAACUGGCUAAGGCUCAGGAUUCCUUGCAGUCCCUGCGUCAACAUGAAGCUUGGAUGCUGGAGGAUCUCUCUCGUAAACAGGAGGCCAUAUCCCUGGAGCAACGUAGCACCCAGACCCGUCAGCGCCUGACCUUUGCUAAUCAAACUGACACCUCAGUCUCAGCGGUGGUGCCCCUCACCAACUCCAGCAACAGGCACAAACUAGAGCUGGCAUAACCGACGCACUCAGCCCCAUCUCCUGUUUAAAACUACCCAGUCAGCCCCAUGUCCUGGUGUAAUCUACUCACUCAACCCCAUGUCCUGGCCUGACAGUCUAACCUUUCCAUGCAUCAUGAAGUAUCAAUCAAGUGCACUGGGUAGCACAUGUAUUUUCCUAAACUAGGCUUAUUAUAUUUCAAAACAAGUCUUCCUAGUCUUACCCUUAUAACACAGAAUAAAAGAUUUGUCUUGCAGGAAUUUUACAUGUUUUACAUAUAUUGAUGUGGUUUUGUUUCAGGUCUAUCUGUAUUCUUCUUAGUGUUAUGUAGAAGACUUUUUAGUUGGAAAACAAAUUACCAGAUUAACUAUAUAUAUAUAAAAAAUUUUCUCCUAAUGUCAUUGCUGCCAUAGCAACAAUUCGCAGUGUGUGUGUGUG